ACCUGGAAUCUCGUCCUUGUCCCCACCCUUUGCCCAAAGUCCAUACCCUCGCACGCAAGAAAACCCUAACCCUUCAGUGCGUUGGAAUUCUAGUCAGAGAAAACCCCCAAAAAAAACAACUAAAAAAAAGAUCCCUCCAAUCUCUCUCUCUCUCUCUCUCUCUCUCUCUCUUUCUUUCCACAGUGAUUCCUGUCGCCCUCAAUCGCGACUUUCUCACCACUUCUCUCUCUACCACUUUGUUCUCUCUCUACAUAUAAAUUAGGGCCAGAUGAAUCCCUCCUCUGCUGGCGCCAACAAGGACUCUGAACAGCAGGAGGAGGAGCAGCUGCAGGAGUCACCCGACACUCUCGUCGAUAAUUCCGAUUCUCCACCAGCGGCUCUCGAAGCGGCGGCCGAGGCGGGAGGCGGAGACUGCGGUGAAGAGGCGGCGGCAGAGGCGGAGGGCAUGGAGGAUCCGAUGGAGGAGGACGCGGCGAACCCGGCGACCGUCUUUUGUAUCCGGCUCAAGCAGCCUAGGUCUAACUUGACUCACAAGAUGAGUGUUCCUGAACUCUGUCGGAAUUUCAGUGCUGUUGCUUGGUGUGGGAAGCUAAAUGCUGUAGCAUGUGCAUCAGAAACUUGUGCGAGAAUUCCAAGUUCUAAUGCAAAUCCACCAUUUUGGAUACCCAUACAUAUUGUGAUCCCAGAGCGUCCAACGGAAUGUGCAGUGUUCAAUGUCAUAGCAGAUUCUCCUCGUGAUUCUGUUCAGUUCAUGGAAUGGUCACCUACCUCUUGCCCUCGGGCCUUGCUAAUAGCUAAUUUCCAUGGGCGGAUAACCAUCUGGACUCAGCCUUCUCAAGGCCUGCCGAAUCUUGUUAGAGAUGCAAGUUGCUGGCAGCGUGAGCAUGAGUGGCGGCAGGAUAUUGCAGUUGUUACAAAGUGGCUAUCGGGAGUGUCUCCGUAUAGGUGGCUUUCAUCAAAAUCUGCUAAUUCUGCAAACUCCAAGUCAAAUUUUGAGGAAAAAUUUCUUUCCCAGCAGCCUCAAGCUCCAGCUGGGUGGCCAAAUUUUCUGUGUGUCUGCUCUGUUUUUUCGUCGGGAUCUGUUCAACUUCACUGGGCUCAGUGGCCUCCUAACCAGAGCAGUGCUGCAUCAAAAUGGUUUUGCACAAGCAAAGGGCUCUUGGGAGCUGGGCCCAGUGGGAUUAUGGCUGCUGAUGCCAUAGUGACAGAUGGUGGUGCCUUGCAUGUGGCUGGUGUUCCAAUUGUAAAUCCAUCCACUGUUGUGGUUUGGGAGGUCACACCUGGCCCUGGAAAUGGGUUUCAAGCAACUCCAAAGUCAAGUACAGGCAGUGGGGUCCCACCUUCAGUUAAUCCUCCUUCUUGGGAUGGUUUUGCUCCUUUGGCUGCUUAUUUGUUUAGCUGGCAAGAGUUUUUCCUAUUGGAAGCAAAGCAGGGAAGAAAGCACACAGAUCAAGACUAUAUCGAUAUGGUAUCACUUCAUUGUUCACCAGUGUCUAAUUUUUCUGCAUAUGUGAGUCCUGAGGCAGCAGCUCAAUCAGCGGCAACCACUACAUGGGGCUCUGGAGUUACUGCAGUUGCCUUUGACCCGACUCGUGGUGGUUCUGUAAUAGCUGUGGUGAUAGUGGAGGGGCAGUACAUGUCCCCUUAUGAUCCAGAUGAGGGUCCUUCAAUCACUGGUUGGAGAGUUCAACGAUGGGAAUCAUCUCUUAAGCCAGUUGUCCUCCACCAGAUUUUUGGAAACCCCACUUCCAGUUUUGGUGGGCAGGCUCCCAUGCAGACUGUUUGGGUAACCACAGUGAACAAAUGCAUUCCACCAACAAAUGACUAUAAAAUUCAACAACCAGCUGUGGCUGGACCAUCCUCUGAUGUCAUAAACACAACUGAUUCUAGUCUUGAGAAGACAAAAAGGGUCUGUUUUGAUCCAUUUGAUCUUCCAAGUGAUGUUAGAACCCUUGCUCUGAUAGUUUACUCUGCUCAUGGUGGUGAGAUCGCUGUUGCUUUUCUACGAGGUGGGGUUCACAUUUUUUCUGGAGCAAGCUUUGCACCCGUUGAUAACUAUCAGAUCAGUGUCGGUUCUACAAUUGCUGCUCCUGCCUUCUCAUCAACAAGCUGCUGUUCGGCAUCUGUUUGGCAUGAUACCAGCAAGGACCGUACUGUAUUGAAGAUAAUUCGUGUCCUUCCUCCUGCUGUUCCAAGUAGUCAAGUGAAAGCAAACUCAUCAAUCUGGGAACGUGCAAUUGCAGAGAGGUUCUGGUGGAGCCUUUUGGUUGGAGUUGAUUGGUGGGAUGCUGUUGGCUGUACACAGAGUGCUGCCGAGGAUGGAAUUGUUUCAUUGAACAGUGUUAUUGCGGUGUUGGAUGCGGAUUUCCACUCUCUUUCAUCAACUCAGCACAGACAACAAUAUGGUCCUAGUCUAGACAGAAUAAAAUGUAGGCUAUUGGAAGGUACGAACGCUCAAGAGGUUAGGGCGAUGGUUUUAGACAUGCAAGCAAGGUUGUUACUGGAUAUGUUGGGAAAAGGAAUUGAAUCUGCUUUGAUUAAUCCCUCGGCUUUGGUAUCCGAACCUUGGCAAGAAUCUGGUGAGAAGUUAUCUGGCAUUGAUCCUGAAACGAUGGCUGUUGAACCAGCGCUAGUUUUAAGCAUUCAGGCUUAUGUUGACUCAGUCCUUGACCUAGCAUCACAUUUCAUCACACGUUUGCGACGUUAUGCUAGUUUUUGUCGUACGUUAGCAAGUCAUGCAUAUACCUCAGGCACAGGUGGCAAUCGCAAUAUGGUGGCUAGUCCACCCCAAAAUUCCGCCUCUCCUGCUUCAAGUCAGGGUGGUCAAGGUGGAACGGCUAGUUCUACAGGGAGUACGCAAAUGCAAGCUUGGGUACAAGGAGCUAUUGCCAAAAUUAGUAGCACUGCUGACGGAGUUCCGAAUGCAACUCCAAACCCUAUAAGUGGUGCUUCAUCCUUUAUGCCAAUAAGUAUUAACACGGGAACUUUUCCGGGAACCCCAGCUGUUAGGCUCAUUGGGGACUGCCAUUUCCUUCAUAGAUUGUGCCAACUUUUGCUAUUCUGUUUUUUCUUUCGACGAACGCAACUACCUCGCUUUAUCGGGAGUACUCAGAGAACUAGUGACACAAAUACACAAAAACCUCAGCUUGGCGGUUCGGGGAAGGUAGAAGAGAUCAACUCUAUGCCUACAAAACUAAAUGCUGGUAUGGUCAGGUCAGAAGAAGUACAGGCAGCUAGGGCUGGUCAAGCUGUCCCCGGACCAAAAGGACCUGAAGAAGGUACUGCUAGCCGGUCAAGACUGGGGUUUGGUAAUGCUGGACAAGGUUACACAUUUGAGGAGGUGAAGGUCCUCUUCCUCAUACUUGUUGAUCUCUGUCGGCGAACGUCUACUCUGCCACACCCCCUACCAGUUUCUCAGGUGGGGAGCAGUAAUAUCCAGGUCCGUUUGCAUUACAUUGACGGGAACUAUACCGUCUUGCCAGAAGUUGUGGAAGCAUCCCUUGGUCCACAUAUGCAGAAUAUGCCCAGACCUAGGGGUGCUGAUGCUGCUGGUCUGUUACUCCGCGAGUUAGAACUACAUCCUCCAGCUGAAGAAUGGCACAGGAGGAACAUGUUUGGUGGUCCCUGGUCUGAUCUAGAGGAUAUGGGUCCUGCAGACGAUCCCUCAAAACUUAGCACUUCAUAUGAUCUACUUGAGUUGAACUCUGUGGAAAACAGUGAUAAUUAUUAUGGGGCUAAUCGCUUGUGGCCAAGGAAGCGCAGGAUGUCAGAAAGAGAUGCCGCUUUUGGCUUAAACACGUCUGUUGGACUGGGGGCAUAUCUUGGUAUAAUGGGAUCUCGAAGAGAUGUUGUAACUGCUUUGUGGAAGACUGGUCUUGAAGGCGUUUGGUACAAGUGUAUAAGAUGUUUACGGCAGACGUCAGCUUUUGCUUCACCUGGUUCCAGCAAUUCUCCUAAUCAGAGUGAGAGGGAGAUGUGGUGGAUCAGUCGGUGGGCUUACGGUUGUCCAAUGUGCGGUGGGACUUGGGUUCGAGUUGUAUAAGCACUACGUUUGCCAUUUCUGUUAUCAGGUUGUAUAUUCUUGUUUGUAAACCUCGAUGAAUCCACUCCAUGGUUCGGUCAUAGAUCAGCCGUUUUCCCGACUUGUUCAAUUAGAAGGAAAUCUAAUUAGUGAUGUUUUUGCUGCCAAAAUUAUGAAGCUCAUGUUUUGAUACGGGGCUUCGAAGAGCGAGGAUAUGGUGAAGAUUUGAUGGUGGAAGGAACUGCCUUUCGAAUUUGAUUUUAGUUGUAUUUUCUUUAUCGGGAAGAAUUAUCCCUGUAAUUUAUGUAAUGUUGUAGGAGUAGAAACAUUUUUAUUGAAAUUGAAGGGGUAGGGUGGGAAUUUGGGAUGCAAUAUGUAAAUGGAAGAAUCUGAUACAGCAUCCAGAUGGUUGUCUUCUGCUUUUGAAAGUCGAAGCCAGUAGUUUUAAAAUAGUUUGACAGAUUUAAGAAAUUAGACAUAAAUAUCCUCAUCUUUCUUCUUUGAUCA